GAGGCAGUAGGCACUGGCAAAGGACAGUGACACACUCCCCGCCAUCCGCUCCACCUUCUGCUCCGUCGCGUGAGUACUUGAGCGCGGCAGAGCAGAGCAUACCAGAGCAGGCACGCGACGACGCAGGGAGGCAGUUACGCUGCUCUUCGUGUCCAAUUUAAUGCGUUGCUGAAAACGGAGCAGUUUCCCUCCAAUGGCCUGAGCUGCUCAUGCCAUUCAAUGCCCCCCGCGUAUCCCUCCUCUCAAUCUUCUUCUUCGCCUCCUCGGAAACACACACUGCUCUAGCUGUGUAUCGGAAGAUGAAUUAUCUUCGGAACCGGAGCCUCAAGCGGCUCAUGUCCAUGGGCCGCCGGAGCAACCCCGACGACGACUGCGUCCUCGCCGACGCCGCCGACUCGCCUCCCCCGCCGCCGGCAACCCCGGGCCCCACGUGGCGGUGCUUCUCCUUCGAGGAGGUGGACCGCGCCACCAAUGGCUUCCACCCAGACAACGUGGUGGGCCGCGGCGGGUACGGCGAGGUGUACUGCGGGAUCCUGGACGAUGGCCGCGCCGUGGCCGUCAAGCGGCUGGCGGCGUCGGCGGCCGUGGCGGCGGACGAGAAGAAGGAGAAGGACUUUCUGACGGAGCUGGGCACGGUGGGCCACGUGCGCCACCCCAACGUGUCGUCGCUCCUGGGAUGCUGCGUCGACCGUGGCCUCCACCUCGUCUUCGAGUUCUCCACGCGAGGCUCCGUCUCCGCUAACCUCCACGACGAGAAGCGGCCGGCUAUGAGUUGGCGGCAGCGGCACGGGGUGGCGGUGGGCACGGCGCGGGGGCUCCGGUACCUCCACAAGGGGUGCGCGCGGCGGAUCAUCCACCGGGACAUCAAGGCAUCCAACAUCCUCCUCGACGCCGACUACGAGCCACAGAUUUCCGACUUCGGGCUCGCCCGGUGGCUGCCGUCGGAAUGGACGCACCAUGCCAUCGCUCCAAUCGAGGGCACCUUCGGGUGCCUGGCGCCGGAGUACUUCACGCACGGCAUCGUGGACGAGAAGACGGACGUCUUCGCCUUCGGCGUCUUCCUCCUCGAGCUCAUCUCCGGGAGGAAGCCAGUCGACGGAUCGCACAUGAGCCUACUCGCAUGGGCCAAGCCUUACCUGAACGACGGCGUGGUGCAAGGCCUCGUCGACCCGAGGCUCGGCGACGGCUACGACGCCGGCCAGCUGCGUCGGCUCAUGUUCGUCGCCUCGCUAUGCGCCAGGCCCGCCGCCGCCUGGCGGCCCACCAUGACAGAGGUGCUGGAGCUGCUGGAGGCGGGGGAGAUAUCGCAGGAACGAUGGCAGAUGCCCGAGGAGGCGGUGGAGGACGAGUUCUGGGAUUUCGACGAUCUCACCGACUUCGAGGACGACGACGAUGACUACGACGGCGAAUCUGAUUCCCCCUCGAUACCCUCGUCAGCAUGCAGCAUCCACGCCAAUGAUUAGGCCCCCCGAAAUCGUUUUGCAGCUGUCAGUAGAUCAAGUGUCCAUUUGGGUUUUU